AUGGAUUUCGGUUUCGGUCUAUUCUUACCCAAACGGCAAAGUCCCGAGCCGCCGAAAUCCGCAUCAGGCGCAUCAGCGACAAGCCCCCGCGCAUUCACUGCUCCAGGCGCGGAUUCCUCCUCCUCGUCUCUCCUCUCCUUCGGUCCGUACGUCCCACCCGUCAGCGACACCAUUAGCAGCAAGCCUCUGAGCGCAUCAGUCGCCGCACUUUCCGCUGGGUCCUCUUCCUCCACCGCCUCCUCUUCCCACAGCCAGGUCACUGCCACCGCGAAACGCGGCGGGACUUCCGGCGCAACUCGUGCUGGUUUGCCUGCCGGGGGUAGGGAUUCAGGGGGAGGUGGAUCUUGGGUCGGUGGCUAUGGGGGAGGAGGAAUCGCGGGAGGUUCGGCUCAUGCUGGAACGCGUGGUGAGGGGAUGGUGGGGAGAGGAGCGGUGAGGAAUGCUGUGGGAGGCGUUAGCGGCGGUGGUAACCAUAUUACCAGCGGUUUUGAUGGUGAAAGUGGUAUUGUUAGUGGUGGGGAUAGGUUCAAUGGUGCCAGGACAACAAGAACUGCAGCAGCAGGUUCAGGAGGCAUGGGGGGAAUGGGUUACUUAGAAGGAGGAGCAAGAGGAGCGGGACGAGAAGCAGGGGUUCCAGACGGCAGAACAGGGGCAAUUAGGGCAGAACGGGCUAGCGCUGCUGGUACGUUCUCCGCCGGCCCUACUGGCACCUCUCGUGUCAACCCUAUCCGUGCCUCUGCUGGCGCUGCUGAUGCCACUGAUGCUGCCACCAGCACCAGGAGCAGCAGCAGCAGCAGCAGCAGCGGCAGCAGGGGCGGAGUGGCAGGGAGCAGCAAGUCGGAUUUACUGUCUCGCGACUUAUGGAUGAAGGACAGCCAUGCACUGCACUGCUACGCGUGUGACGCGCAGUUCACCAUCCUCAACCGCCGCCACCACUGCCGCCGCUGCGGCCGCGUCUUCUGCGGCCGAUGCACCCAGCGCUCCAUCCCCAUGCCCUUCCUUCGCCGCGACCAGGCACGCCCGCUCCUGCCCGCUGCUGCUUCUGCUGCUGGUGCUGGCGGUGCUGGUGCUGCUGGCGGUGCUGCUGCUGCUGCUGGUGGUGGUGGUGGUAGUGGUGCUGGGGGUAAUUUUGCCGGUGGUGCUGGUGCUGGUGGUGUUGGUGUUGGUGGUGGUGGUGGUGGUGGUGGUGGGGUUCAGGAUGUUGCUACUGAGAAGGUUCGGGUGUGCGACCAGUGUUACGCCGAGGCUCUCAGCUUGCCUCGGAAAGACCCCCAGCCUAGAGGCGCAGGUUCGGCGUUUCGGGAAGCGGCAGAGGUGGGAGAUGGGGGAGGAGGAGGGGGCCAGGGGAGGGGAGGGAGGGGAGAAGGGAGGGGAGGAGAAGGGGAUAUGUGGGAGUGGGAGGAGGGAGGGAAGAUGAGGAGGGGAGUGGGAGGGGGGAGGGGUCAGAGUGGAGCAGUAGAGAGAGAGGGAGUGUACGGGCCCGGCAUGGGGCCUGGUAUUGGGCCUGUUAUGGGGAGGGGUGCGCAGAAGAGUGUUUCAGUGGGGGAGGGGUGGGGAAGAGACAACAGGGGUGGGUAUAGCGGAGAAGGAGGAGCUCCGUUGGGCUUCAGACGGCAGCAGAGCAGUGGGUUGGCGGAGGGCGUGGGAGAAGGUGGUGGAGUGGGUGGCGGUGGUGGGGGUGGAGUUGGGACGCAGUAUGAGUUCAGGCACCCGAAAUACAGGUCGGCGUUGGUUGGAGUUAUUUUGGUGUAUGACGACUUUAGGGAAGAAGAGGAGGAAGAUGAAGAGGAGGAGGAAGAUGAAGAGGAGGAGGAGGAGGACGAGGAAGAGGAUGAGUGCGAGGAGGACGAUGAUGAGGAGGAGGAGGAUGACGAGGAAGAGGAGGAGGAGGAGAUGGGUCUUGUAGGGCUCAGUGGUGCGCAGGCAGCGCAGCACGAGGGGGGGAGGAACGAGAGGAGUGGGUCGGACCCGAAGUGGAGGGCUAGUAGAGAGGCGGUAGUGGAAGGGGAAGAAGGGGAGGUGGAGGCCCUCCCUCCGCCACACACCACAGCAGCAGCAGGCACAAGCGACGGGACCACACUUCCCCCAAGCGAGCCGCAAAAGUCGCAUGAAAAGGAGAACAUCAGCAAAGAGACGGCAGGCGAUGACGCCAGAAAAGGCAUUCCAAUCAGCAACGCGCCAAAGCCCAAGGAGCCGUACGAGCGACUGGGGUCGAUCAAGGGGUGGGGCGGCUGGGAGCAUCUCGGGGCGGCGGUGACAGAGGAGGAGAGUGACAGAGAGAGUCCGUCCAUGUGGGACCUCGCUUACUUCCCUCUCGGGUUCACUAGGACGUUUGGUCUUGGGCUAGGCGGGGGAAAGGCGGGGGGGAGUAGGAUGGGCGGUGGUGGGGGAGGUAGUGGUGGUGGUGGUGGUGGUGGUGGUGGCGGUGCUGUGGGUAAAUCGUCGUCGGUUAAUGCGCUUGAUUCGUUUCCGUUCUCGCUCAUCUCCCCUCGAGGGCCCAAGCCUGCUGCUGCCUUGCCUGCUGCUCUUGCUGCUGCCGCUCCUGCUUCUGCUGCCAGUAACACUCCAGCUGCUGUGUUACCACCGGCAGUAACAGCAGCAGCCGAGCAGGGUCCGCCUCCUCUCUCACGUCCCAACACGCUUCCCCACCCCAGCACAAACGGGCAACACGCCAACCUCAAAGGUGCCCCUAAUUCUGCCUCUACUGCUGCCACUACUGUCCCUGAUGCCUCUAGCGACAACCGCACUGUCACGGCUGCUACCAUUCCCAACUCCUCUGGACCUGCAGAGAGCAGGGUUGGUAUUGGCAGAGGGGGCCCUGUUGGUCGAGUGGAAGGGGGGGACAGCAUGGGUGGGGGCUUGGGAGCGGCAGGGAGGACGAGGAGUGGGUUUGGGCUGGAAGAAGGGGAGGAUGUGGAGGACAGCGAUUGGUGGUGCCGGGACAGGUGGACGCUGGGGAGGAAGGCAGGCAGGGGUGGUGGUGCUGCUGCUGGUUUGAGCACGCUUGAUGCUGCUGCUAGGCAGGGAGUGGGAGUAGGGCGGGGGGAGCAGUGGCAGCGAGGGGAGAUGGGUGAGGGAGCAGCUGUAGGUGUGAGGGAGGCAGGAGCAGAGGGAGUGGGUGAGAUAUUUCAAGAUAAGGGUGGCGCCAACACAGCAGUUGAGAUCAAACGUGGCACUGAGAGGACAGGGUGGACUCAUGCUGCUGCCCCUGGUGCUGCUGCCUCGGCAGUUUCUGCUGAAAUGGGAUCAGGGGCAACAGCAGCAGGACCAGAAGCAUCAUCGAAUGCUGUGGCAGCAGGAUUGUCAGCAGAAGCACCAGCAGCAGGCAGCGUAGCAGGAAUGCCUGUCAAAGCAGGCAUAACGGAUUCACAGCAGCAGCCGCAGCAGCAGAAGCAGCAGCAGCAGCAGCAGUCAGUGGGGCGAGGAGCACAAGGGCCGCAGUACGAUGUGGUGAAGGGGCCAGCGCUGCAUAUCCGCACAGGCAGCCAGGACCUCUGGCGCCCCGGGGAUGACCUCCAUGCCGCCCCUGCUGCCCCUGCUGCUUCUGCUUCUGCUGCCUCUGCUCCCGCUGCUUCUGCAAUUGCCGCUGCUACUGCUGCUGAUGCCGCUGCUGCAGCGGCUGCUAAUACUGGCGGUGGUGCUGUGGGUGGUGUUGGGGGCAGGGGAGGGGAGGUCGGAGGAGGGGUUGGAGGAACAUGGGGAGGAGCAGCAGGGGGAAGCAGCGUGCUUGUUCGGGCUGGGUCGUUUGGAGUGGUUGGGUCCGGAGUGGAUGAUCGGAUUGGGGCGAUGGUGGUUGCUACUCCCACUGCCUCUGGCUCUGCCACUCCCAGACCCCGAUCCAUACAGGAAGAUACAGAUGCAGGGGAGGAGGCGGUGGAAGGAGUGGCGUCCGGAUUCGGCGUAUCUCCGUACCUGCAGUCGUCGUACGGCUCGUCGUCCUCCGAGUGUCCAGAUGCAGUGAAUCUGGAGGCGAAUAGCAAGCUCUGGGAGACGCCGCCUCCGGAUUCGUCUGCACUUGGGGGAGGUGGGAUCCAGGGCAGGGGCAGGGCGAUUGCAUAUGUGGAUGAGGAGGAUGAGGAGGGAAGCUGGUGGAAUGAGAGAGGAGGGGGAGAUGGAGAAGGAGAAGGGGAAGGAGAUGGAUGGGAUGCAGGCAGCAGCACUGGUCAGUAUGGUGAUAGCUCAUCCUCGGUUUAUGGGGGUGGGGAGGGGUGGCAGGCAGAUGGACAGAUGGGGGUAUACAGUGGAGCAGGAGGAGGAAGAGGAGGAGGAGAAGGCGGAGCAACACGAACAGCGGGGAAAGAGGGAGGAGGAGGCGCUACAGCUGCUGCUGCUGCUGCAGUACCGGCAGGGGCGGGCACAGUGCUACCAGGCAGUGUGGACGCACGGGAGAGGCUAAGGGAGGUGGUGGAGGGGCAUUUCAGCGCGCUAGUGGAGCAGAUGCUCAAAGCAGAGGGGCUGCAGGCAGGGGGAGAAGGAGACCCGGAAGGGUGGCUUGAAGUGGUUCGGCGCCUGGCCUCCGAAGCUGCGUCGCUGGUUCGGCCGGACUCGAGCUCGAUGGGGGGGUAUAUGGACCCUGGGGGGUACAUUAAAGUGAAGUGCAUUGCAGGGGGCAAGCGCAGUGAGAGUUGCGUGGUGGACGGGGUGGUGUGUCGCAAGAACGUGGCCAACAAGAGAAUGGCAGCGGACAUCCGGUGGCCGCACAUCGCUCUGCUCGCCUCCACGCUCGAGUACCAGCGCUGCCCCAACCGCCUCUCCUCCAUCGACACGCUGCUCGCCCAGGCGCCUAGAGAGAGAAUGGCAUCGGACAUCCGGUGGCCGCACAUUGCUCUGCUCGCCUCCACCCUCGAGUACCAGCGCUGCUCCAACCGCCUCUCCUCCAUUGACACGCUGCUCGCCCAGCCCCACUCGUUCUUUUCAUGCUUCCCCCUCCCUCACCUACCCAUCGAGCAGCAAGAGACCCAUUUGCGCCACAUGCAAGAGACCCAUCUGCGCCACAUGCUGCAGAAGAUCGAGCGCAAGUUCCGAGAUGUCUUAAACCCUCCCCGUCCCCCCGCCCUUCCAUUUUUUUCUCUUGUUUCUCCCUCUCUCCCUCCGCCCAUCCUACAGCAAGAGACCCAUCUGCGCCACAUGCUGCAGAAGAUCGAGCGCAAGUUCCGAGCAAGAGACCCAUCUGCGCCACAUGCUGCAGAAGAUCGAGCGCAAGUUCCGAGGUGUCUUAAACCCUCCCCGUCCCCCCGCCCUUCCAUUUUUUUCUCUUGUUUCUCCCUCUCUCCCUCGCCCAUCCUACAGCAAGAGACCCAUCUGCGCCACAUGCUGCAGAAGAUCGAGCGCAAGUUCCGAGCAAGAGACCCAUCUGCGCCACAUGCUGCAGAAGAUCGAGCGCAAGUUCCGAGGUGUCUUAAACCCUCCCCGUCCCCCCGCCCUUCCAUUUUUUUCUCUUGUUUCUCCCUCUCUCCCUCGCCCAUCCUACAGCAAGAGACCCAUCUGCGCCACAUGCUGCAGAAGAUCGAGCGCAAGUUCCCUCGCCCCGCUCCUCCACAAGCCCCCUCGCAAGCCUACCCACAAGGCCAUCAACAAGCCUACCCACAAGCCCCCCUGCAAGGCCACUCGCAAGCCUACCCCCAAGGUUACCCCCAAGGGCCGCCCAGCAGUCACGGCGGAUACUCUGUUCCAACCACACCCACGGGGGGAGCAGUGGGGGCGAGGGGGCGGGGUUUCCGGGGCGAAGGGGAGCCUGGGGCGGGGUUGAUGAGGCAGACUGGGGUGCUUGGCAGUGGUGCUUUCGGUGGUGGUAGUGGGGGUGGGGGGGCUGCUGUUGGGGGGUUUGGGGGUGGGUAUGGUGCUGGUGCUGGUGGUGGUGGUGGGGGUGGUGGUGGGGCGGUCUCAGCACCGCCAGCUGGCUCGGGCGGGCAGGUGGGCGGGCAGGUGGGCGGGCAGGUGGGCGGGCAGAUGGGCGGGCAGGCGGGCGGGCAGGCGGGCGGGCAGGCGGGCGGGCAGGCGGGCGGGCAGGUGGGCGGCAGUGUGCUGCUAGUGGAGGGCACAGUCUCCGGGUUCGCCCAGCAGUGGAUGGUGGAGCACCGCAUGUCUCUCGUCUUCAACGUCAAGCGCUCUCUGCUAGAGAGAGUGGCGCGCUGCACGGGAGCUAAGGUGGCCCAGUCCGCUGAGACCCUUGAUCGGUUAGGCCAGUGCCAGUGGUUCUGGACCAAGAAGUUUGUGGAGGAGUGGGAUGCGGUGGGGGGUGGUGGUGGUGGGGUGGGGACGGAGGGAGGUGCUGCUGAUGGGGGCGCCCACAGCAGAGCUGAAGCGGGUGAAGCGGGUGAUGCACUUUGCAGUGUUCGCCUCCCUGUACUUCUAUCCUCACCCCUUCUCCUCUCUUCUUCCUUCGCCCUCCCGGCCCGCUACACUCCCAUCCAGGUGCUGCUGAUGGGGGCGCCAACAGCGGAGCUGAAGAGGGUGAAGCGGGUGAUGCACUUUGCAGUGUUUGCCUCCUACCACCUCGCCCUCGAGACCUCCUUCCUCGCAGACGAAGGCGCCCUCCCCCCCGGCAUCGCUCCCUGCCCUCCUCUGUGUGCCGCAUUACCUCCUCCUGCUCCUGCUGCUCCUGUCAACUCCGCUCCUGCUGCUGCUGCUGCCCCCUCCUCUGGUGCACUGACUGGCUCUCAUCUGCCAGCUGGCGCUCAGCCAUUGGCCGGUGACGCUCCCGCAGCGCAGCCUCAUCUGCUUGCUGACGUCAUGGCUGCUGACGUGGCUUCCACAGAUGAAUCCGCUGCUGUGGAUCGUUCAGCUGGAACCGGUGCUGGUAGUAUUAUCACCCCUCCUCCUGCUAUAGUCACAUCUGUACCCGUUAGUAGCAGCAGCAGUGGCAGCAACAGGCCGUCACCUCGCCGGAUCGCACAGCUCUCAGCAUCCUUGUGGGCUAGUGGGGUGUCUGCUGUGAGAGAGGGUGUGCAGGAGAGUGGGGAGGGUGUGCGAGAGGGUGUGAGGGAGGGAGAAAGGCAAGGUCGAAAGGAAGAGGAGGUGGGUACUGGGGAUACAGGAGGAGAAGGAAGCUCAGGUGGAGGUGCAGGAGAGGCGGCAGCGGGAGCAGCAGCAGGUGAGGCGACGGGGAUUGCUCUUGGCACCGGUGAUGGUGAAGGAAAGGGGAGUGAAGCGAAUGCGACAGCACAAGGAGGGGCGUUGGAGAGUGAAUUGCCUGCUGCAGCACCAGCACCAGCGGAGGCAGCAGCAGAGGCAGCCGGUAAUGAUGGGAUUCUGCCUGUAUCAGCACAAGGGCAGCAGCGGCAGGUGGACGAGGGGCUAACUCUGAAGCAAUCCCAGCAGCCUGCAGGGGUGCUUUCUCCUCCUCCGCAGCAGCAGCAGCAGCAGGCGCAGCUGCGGCAGCAGGGAGGGCUCGCCCCUCUCACCCCACAGCCCCACCUGGCCCACCCACUGGCCCCGGUAUCACCGUCGGAGCACCAGUCGAUCCUGGUGUGGGCGUCCAGCCGCUGUGUGUCGCGCAAGCUGCUGUGUGAGGCGCCAGAGCUGAUGCGAAUCAAGUAUUAUGGAGAUAGGGACAUGCCGCUGGGGCACUUCCUGACCCAGUUUGUUCUCAACCCCCUCUGGCGCUGCAAGUGCGGCAUGCCAUCACAGGACCAUGUGCGUGUGUACUCGCACAAGGAGGGCUCCCUCACCAUCUCCGUGUUCCUUCCCUUCUCCCUGUCUCCCCUCCUUUCCUCCCUUCCUACCCACCCAGCGCUGCAACGCUGCAAGUGCGGCAUGCCAUCACAGGACCACGUAAGGGUGUACUCGCACAAGGAGGGUUCCCUCACCAUCUCCGUUCGCAAGGCCGACGACAUCCUUCCCCCCACGCAAGUGGCAGGGGGGCUGGGGGGAGGGGGAGCAAGCGGGGGGAGGGGAGCCUAUGGGGGAGGCGGAGGAGGGUACGGGGGAGGGGGAGUGAGUGCAGGAGCAGGGGAGGCGGACAUGGGGUCUGGGCAGGACUGUGCUGUGUCUGGUGUUGGAUCUGGUGGCUCUACUGGAGCUGCUUCUGUGGGCGGUGCGUGCCCGCCGCCCGCUGCCGCCCGGUGCAUCUGGAUGUGGCACCGCUGCCGGCAGUGCCGCCCGGUGGACGGAGUGGCGCCGGCCACGCGCCGCGUGCUCAUGUCCGAGGCCGCCUGCAAGCUGUCGCUGGGAAAGUUCCUGGAGCUUUCUUUUACGAAUCAUGUGGUGGUGGGGCGCCUGGCGGCCUGUGGCCACUCGCUGCACCGCGACUGCCUGCGCUUCUACCGGAGUGGCGAGAUGAUAGCCUGCCUGGCGUACUCGCCAAUGCACCUCUACUCCGUCUGCCUGCCUCCUCUGCGCCUGAGCUUCAACCACCGCCAGCAGCAGCAGUGGCUCGUGGACGAAUUCAAUGAUGUGGCGGAGGCAGCAGAGCGGGUAUUCAUGGACAUCAUGAACGCGCUUGAUGCCCUCGCAGCCCGACUAGCGCAGGGUGGCCCGCUGUCUGCCAGCCGCUUUCCGGAGGCACGGGCGAGCCUGGCGCUGCUGGAAGCCACUCUGCAGCGCGAUAAGGCGGCUCUGGAUAAAAAGCUCCAGCAGACAGCACCGGAUUUCGGUCUGCCCGUCGAGCAGCCCGUGACAGACAUUCUGGAGCUGAACCGAGUGCGGCGAGAUCUGACCGUCCAAUUGGCCGAGUGGGCGGAGCGGCUGCAAAGAUUAGCGGCUGAGAUUCAACAGCCGCCGCAGCAACCAGCCAGCCUGAGAGCAGCAGCCGUAGCGGCACCUCCAAUGCAAUCCGAAGCAGCAGUAGCCGCACCUGCGGCAGCAGGGUCGGAAACAGGCGGAGAAGAAGCAGGGCCUCUGCACCUCGCUGCCCGCUCUGCCGAGGCUCGGCGAAAGGAGGCCUGGGCGGCGGAGGCUCGGGAAACAGAGGCCCGGGAAACAGAGGCUCCAGGGACAGAGGCUCGGGGAGCAGAGGCUCCAGGGACAGAGGCUCGGGGAGCAGAGGCUCGGGAACCGGAUGCAGGGGGGACAGAGGUUACGGGAACAGAGCCCCGGGAAGCUGGGAGAGAAGGUUCCAAUUUGCCAGUAUUGGAAGGUUCGGGGAGGGAGGGGGUUAAAGAAGUGGGAGAGAGUGGGAGGAAGGCAGAGCAGGAAGGGGAGGUUGGUGCAGGGAGUGUUUUGGCUGAGGGUGGGGAGGUAGGGGUGGAGGAGAGUGGGGUGGAGGGGAAGGGAGAGGAGGUAGUGGAGGGAGAGGAGGGCGUUAAAGAGCAUGGGGUUGAGCAGAAGGGAGAAGAGGGUUUCAAGGAGAGUGAGGUUGAUGGGAGGUUGGAGGGCGGCAGCAGUAAGGGAGAAGUGGGGGCAAGUGGUGAGGCAGCGACCUCAAAUGUAAUGGGUGGUGGUGAUGCUGAGAGUGAGUGCGAGGAGGCUGAGGCAAGCAGCAUUGGUGCAGCAGCAGAUGCAUGUGGGGAGGAGAAGGCAGAAGCAUCUGAUGAGAGCCCGGCGCCCCUUACCGUUGAGGCGAGUGAGGAUAGGGAUGUUGAGGUGAAGGCAGGGGGUGCGGAGGCAAGGGAGGCGGAGACAGGGGAGGCGGAGACAGGGGAGGCGGAGACAGGGGAGGCGGGGACGCGGGAGGAGAAGGCUGGGGAGGAGAAGGAAGAGGAGGAGAAAGAAAUGGUGGAAAAUGUAGAGGAGAAAAACGCAAUGGGGAUGGAGGAAGUGAGAUUGGCAGGGGUUGCAUCUGAAGUGAAUAAGUCAACAGAAGAGGAUGCGGAGAAGCUUGAGGAGGGGAAGAAGGAGGACGAGUUGACUUCUCAGGCUGCUGAUGGCAUGGAUGGGGGGUGUGUGAGUGAGAUUGUUUCUGAUGCUGCUGCAGAGUGCGGGGAGGAUGCUCAUUCUGGGACUGAUGAUUCUGAUGGGACUGACGGGAUAGCACAGGGCGCAGCUUUGGCGUUGGAGAGUGGGAGAGACUUGAGAGACGCUGGCGUGAUGCCAGUACUGCCAGCCUCAGCUGGUAGCACUCCGCGUCUCUCACGUCGCUCCAGCCUCCCUCCCCGUGCGCCGCUGCCUGGCAGCUGGGUGGCUUCCGGAGGGACGGCAGCAGACGCACCGUCACCAGCAGCAAGCACACCGACCGCAGCAAGCACACCGACCGCAGCAGCUAGCAUGGCGGCAGCGGCAGCGAGCAAGGGUGCUGCAGAAGAGACACCAACAGCAGCUGCAGCUGCAGCGGCAGCGGCAGCGGCAGCGGAAACAGCCAUCAACAGCGAAACAGGGGGCGCAGCAGCAGGUGAAGAAGCAGUUCCUACUGUUUUCUCGCCUGAGACUGCCUCUGGACCUGCUCUGCAUCGGCUGUCUGCAGAUGCAGAAGCAGCGCCUGUGCAGCCCACCACCACACCCACUCCUGCUGCUGCUGCCCCUUCUGUAACCACACCUGGAAUUGAGGCAUCGCCAGCUGCCGCCGCUGCUUCUGCUGAUGCUGCUAGUGCUGGUGCUGGCUCUGCUGGUUCUGCUGGUGCUGCUGGUGCUGCUGAUUCUGAUGCUGCAGCAGCAACAGCGUCUGAGGAGGCAGCAGCGGCACCAUGCCGUGCCGUCUCUGGCUUCCAUUGGCAAGCUGGUGAGUGCUGGUGGGUAGCUGGUAAGUUCAGGUCGCUAGCAGGCACGCCUACCAACAACCCUGCAGCAACCACCACACUAUCGCCCCUCUCCCGCUCGCCGUCCUUCCUCUCUCUGGCCGGCCCCUCCAGUGCUGUGCCGUCUCUGGCUUCCAUUGGCAAGCUGGCCUUGCUGGGUAGAGCGCACGUGCUCCUCCCGCCAGGCAUCGGGGGGCGCAUCAUAGCGGUUUACGAGGACGAGCCCACGUCGCUCAUUGCCUAUGCCAUCUCGUCCAACCCCCCCACACCGUUCCCCAUCCCUAUAGGGAGUGUGUUUGGGCCUGGAGUAUCAGCCCAAGGGAUUGGUGGGAGUGGCAGGGCGGUGCGGCCGUUAGAGCCCGCCGCAGCCAGCAGAGAGGCGGGAACAGCAAUGGAUGUACAGUCCACAGCUGCAGAGGCAGCAGGGAAGGAGUCAACAGCAGGAGAGGGAAGAGGAGUCGAUCGGACUACAGGAAGGGGAGAGGGAAGUGGAGCAGAGUUGGCGAGCACAGGUGCAGGAGCAGCAGCAGCAGGAGAAGUGUGUGGGGCUGCGGAGGCCAGAAGUUUUGGGGGGGGAGAUGAUGGAAGGGGCAGCAAGGAUUGGGGGUCUAGUCGUACUAGUGACAGUGCAGCAGCCGCCCCCUGUGGCAGUUUGACGCGCGACAGCGGGCAGAGCCAUGAGUUGUGCGUUGCUGCUUCGACAGAGAGUGCUGCGAGAAUGGGUGCAUCGACUAAUGGAAGUGUAGGUGGUGCAGAGGGGAUGGGAGCGUGUAGGGGAGAGAGCGGGGAUGGUGGUGGGGGGGAUGGGGAUGGGUCGGAUAGGGUUGGUGGUAGUGGGGUUGGGUUGGCGAGCAGAGGUGUCGAGGCAUGUAGAGUAGACAGUGAGGGAGUGGAGAGCGGUGGAGUAGGAACUGGGGCUGAUAGUGGGGGCAGAGAGGAGGGCGUGCGCAAGCAAGAGGAGACAUCACUACAAGACCAGCCCCCUGCAUCCGCCAUGCAGCACAAACAAGUGCAACAAGAACCUUCAGAAGCAGCGUCAGAACUGCCGCAAUUGCAACAAGAACCAUUUCAAGCACAGGCAGAAGCGCAGCCAUCCGGGGGAGACACAGAGCCACUGCCAGGGCAAUCCUUAUCCCAGGAAGAGCUGGUGCCAGUGGUGUCUCGGGAAGAGCCGGUGCCAGUGCCCUCUCAGGAGGACCCGCUGCUAUCCCGGGAGAAGCGGCACGUGAAGGUGGCAUUCACAGUGGGCGGCAGCGACGACUCCCUGCCCUUCCCCGCCCUGCCCUUCCUCCCCGGCCCCACCAACAACCCCACCGGCACCACUGGCUCCAGCGGCAGCAGCAGCAGCAGCGGCGGCAUUAGCGGCCUUGGUGGCAUUACCGGAAUUGGUGGCAUGAGCAGCGGUGGUGGGAUGGGCAGCAGCGGUGCAUCGACGCCGGUGGGUUCUGGCAGUAGCAGCAGUCGUCGGCGUGGGGUUGCUGGCGGCAUUGGUGGAGGGAGCAGCGGCUCUGCAGCGUCCUUCCAGGUGACUGCCUACUUCGCCAAGCAGUUUGACGCACUCCGCCGCAAGUGCUGCUCGCCCUUCCCACCGGCGGCCCCCGGCGCUGCCGCAUCCGGCCAGCAGGGAGCUGCAGCCGAUACGGGAGACGGCGGGGCAGGAAUGGGAACAGCAGGGGCAGCAGGGGCAGCGGCAGCAGGGAUAGCAGGGGCAGGGGAGGGGGUGGUGGACGGGAGUGGCGAUUUGGAGUUUGUGCGGUCGCUGUGCCGUUGCAAGCGCUGGAGUGCCGAGGGUGGUAAGAGCUCCGUGUAUUUCGCCAAGACUGCGGACGACCGUUUUGUCAUCAAACAGGUGCAACGCAAGGAGAUACUGGCGUUUCUGGACUUUGCCAACGACUACUUCAAGCACCUCUUUGACGCAAUCGAGUCCGGCAACCCCUCGUGCCUCGCCAAAAUCCUCGGCCUCUACCAGGUGACAGCAAAGGGCGUGACAAUGGACGUGAUGGUCAUGGAGAACCUGCUCUACAGCCGUCGGAUCACCAAGCUCUACGAUCUCAAGGGCUCCCGUCGCUCCAGAUACAACGCAGACUGCUCUAAGAGCAGGGUACUGCUGGAUGAGAACCUACUAGAAGCCAUGCCCACGUCGCCCAUCUUCGUGGGGAAGCGAUCCAAGCAGCUGCUGGAGCGCGCCGUGUGGAACGACACUGCAUUCCUCGCGAAACACGCAAUAAUGGACUACUCGCUGCUGGUGGGGGUAGAAGAGGAGCGAUCAACACUAGUGGUAGGAAUCAUAGACUUUAUCCGCCCCUACACAUGGGACAAGCAGUUGGAAACAUGGGUCAAGGCGUCUGGGCUUCUAGGGGGCGGCGGGGCGGGCAAGGACUCUACUCCGACGGUGAUCUCCCCGUCGAACUACAAGAAACGGUUCCGGAAGGCCAUGCAGACUUACUUUGUGAUGGUGCCCGAUCAGUGGGUGCCGAGAGUGCCGGAAAUUGCUACCACGGCUGCUGGUGUGGUGGUGCCUGCUGUGCUGCCAUCUAGACUGGUGCAUCAGCAUCAAGGGACAGAGCAGGAGCAGCAGCAAGAGCACAAGAAGCAGCAGCAGCAGCAGCAGCAGCAGCAGCAGCAGCAGCAGCAGCAGCAGAAGCCGCGACAGCA